GCUACCAACAUAAAACGAUCGUAGUGGCGUCGUUUUUCUAAUUUUCCGUAAUUACACUUUUCUUGCGAAGUUUUCAUGUUUCUGUGAUAACAAAGUGAAAGAUUUUAAUUUGUGUCUUGUCGCGACUAUACAGGAGUUUAAAAUAGCCAAAAAUGGCGAAAAUAGGUUCUGAUACAGAAAAAGACGACAAAGAUAAGAAGAAAGAACGUGGUAGAGAACGUAAACGUAAAAGUGAAUCUGGUUCUAGCAGCAGCGAUAGUAGCAGAAGUUCUUCCGACAGCAGCUCGUCUAGCUCUCGCUCUUCAAGCAGUUCCAGUUCCGGUAGCAGUUCUCGUUCGAGUAGUUCUUCCUCGGAGUCUUCAAGCUCAAGCAGUGACAAAGAUCGCAGCCGUCCUAAACGCCGCUCGCGCUCCACCAGCAAACCCACCCGUCGCAGCAAAGAACGCAAAGACAAAGACAAGGAGAAGGAAAAAGAAAAGGACGUGAAGAAAGACGACAAAGAGGACGUCAAAGACAAAGAUGUCAACAAUCGCAAAUCCCCGGCUAAAGAUGACAAAAACCACACCCGUGGCAAAUCCCGCUCGCGUUCUCAUUCAGACCGUCGCAAAAGGCGUCGCCGGUCCCCCACGCCACGCCCCACGAAAAUCCACAUUGGUCGUUUAACACGGACUAUCAAUAGGGAGCAUAUUAUGGAAAUUUUCGGGACGUAUGGACCAAUCAAACACGUGGAUUUCCCCAAAGACCACAUCCAUCCACAUUUGGGACGGGGCUUCUGCUACGUGGAGUUCACCAAUGCGGAUGAUGCUGAAAACGCGAUGAAACAUAUGGAUGGAGGGCAGAUUGAUGGGCAAGAGAUUACAGCGGCACCGGUGCUUGUGCCCAAGCCGAGACCGCCGCCUAUGAGACGAAGCCCCCCUCCGAUGCAUAUGAGGAGGCCACCGCCCCAUAGACGGACUCCGCCCAGGUUCAGAAGGCGGAGUCCUAUGAGACCCAUGAGGAGGAGUCCACCGAGGAGGAGGCCGCAUUCGAGAAGUCCACCCCCGAGGCGCAGGAAACACAGUCGCUCGAGUUCUAGUAGUUCCAGAUGAUUUUUUCUAUUUUAAUUUUUUAAGAUUAUGGAUUGUGUGAAAAGGAAUAAAGUAUGGCACAAAA